GCCGCUCCGGCCAGGUCCGGGGCCCGAAGGUUCCGAAGGAGGUGGGAGAGGGGCGAAGGCCGUUCCUGGACCGCUCCGGAGGAGGAAGUGCUGAUCCUGAAAGCCAAAAAUGAAACAGCUACCAGCAGAAACUGUUCGACUUCUUUCUAGUUCGCAGGUCAUCGUGUCAGUUGUCAGUGUCAUUAAAGAACUGGUAGAGAAUUCUUUGGAUGGUAAUGCAACCAGUGUUGAUGUUAAGUUGGAGAACUAUGGUUUUGAAAAGAUUGAAGUGCGAGAUAAUGGUGAUGGGAUAAAGGCAGUUGAUGUUCCUGUUAUGGCAAUGAAGCACUACACAUCAAAAAUAAGCUCUUCUGAGGACCUUGAAAGCUUGAGAACAUAUGGUUUCCGUGGUGAAGCUCUGGGCUCCAUUUGUAGCAUAUCACAGGUUUCUAUUACAACAAGGACAGCUGCUGAUGAUUUUAGCACCCAGUACAAUUUUGAUAGAAGCGGUCAUAUAAUUUCUCAGAAGCCGUCUCAUCUUGGAACAGGGACAACUGUAACAGUUCAGAAGCUGUUCAAGAAUCUGCCUGUAAGGAAACAGUUUUAUUCUACAGAUAAGAAAUGUAAGGAAGAAAUUAAAAAAAUUCAGAAGCUGUUGAUGGCAUAUGGCAUUAUAAAACCAGAAGUGAGGAUAAUGUUUACACAUAACAAGACAAUCAUAUGGCAGAAGACCAGGGUACUGGAUCAUAAAAUGGCUUUCAUGGAAGUAGUGGGGCCUGCUGUUAUAAAGAACAUGGUACCUUUUCAGCAGCAAUGUGAAGAUCUGGAGAUAUCUUUCAGUGGCUUUGUUCCAAAGCCUGAUUCAGAUAGAUGUUUGACAGGUCAUUCAAGCUCAGAAAGAAGUUUCAUUUUUAUAAAUAGCCGACCAGUGUAUCAAAAGGAAAUUCUCAAGCUUGUUCAACAGUACUAUAACAUGAUAUUGCACAAGGAUUUUAAUCGCUUGUUCCCGAUUUUCUUUAUCAACAUUACUGUUCCUCCAUCUGCUGUGGAUGUCAAUUUACUACCCGAUAAAUCUCAAGUAUUAGUGCAUAAUAAGGAAUCUGUCUGUCUUGCUAUUGAAGAGAGUUUGAUAUCACUAUAUGGACCAUUAAGUAGCUCUGUGUCUUAUGAAAUGAAUACAACUGACAGUACCUCAAGAGACAUUGUUAAUGAAGCUGAACAAGAAGUUAUAACCCAAUCCCAUACAAGUAUAGAACCACCUGUUUGUACUUCACUGUCCUCACUUAGUAAUGACAUACAAAAUGGUAAUAUACAGAAAAACAAAUUAGUUGGCAAUCAAACAAUAUAUAAGUCUUCUCAUGAUGAUAGAUUUCAGGAUGACCAACCAAAUAAUGUACCAUGUCAAGACCAACAGAAUAAGGUAAUAUUUAAUCUAGAUAACAAUAUUGUAAUGGACAUUCAAUCUGAAAAUAGCAUGAAGAGUGAUUCAGGAAAUUACUGUUUUCAAGAAGCAGGAAAACGAGAAAGAGCCAUAAUCUCUGCAGAUUCUUCUGAAGUCACUGCUGAUAAAUGGAGUCUGGGGAACGCAUUUAAAAAUUCCAGAGAAGAAAAUCUGGAACCUGUUCAGAUUUUAAUUCCAAAUAUGAGUGAAGUAAGACCUCAAAAGAAAAAUGAUGACCCAGCAAAACUUCAAGAAGAAAGUAACAAUCAAACUGUUAAAAAAACAAAUGUGAUAAAAGAUAAAAUGGGUCAGAUUACAGCCUAUGACUUAAUUAGCAGUAAGAUUAUCAGGAAAUCCAUGUCAGCAUUUGAGCUUUUUGUUCAAGACCAUUCUCCUGAUUCGCUGAGUGAAAUUGCUAAAGUAAACUCAGAAAAACUACUGCUGAAAAUGGAAGCAAUGUGGAACUCGCUGAGUGAGGAAGAGAAAAAGAAAUAUGAGGGAAAAGCUGACAGAGAUCUGGAACGAUACAACAGGCAAAGCAGAAAAGCUAUGUGUCAGAAUAUACAAACAUCAAUGAGGGAGAGAGAGAAAAGGCACAAGAUUAAACUAAAAGACUGCUUAAAUAAUCAGCAAAAAUUGGACACGCUUUUUAACUCACAAAUAGGAAAGAAGCAUAAUUACCAAGCAGUAAAAACUGUACAACUGCCUUUCUCCAUGGAUGCAUUCAAGCAAAAACUUCAAAGGCUUGAACAGAAAGAGUCAGAUAAAGAGGAACCUUGCUUAAUCCAUCUUCUGAAUUUUCCUGAUGCAUGGAUACUUGCCUCUGAGGAAAAAAUAGAGAUGCUAAAUCCAUACAGAAUAGAAGAAGCCCUUCUCUUCAAAAAACUAAUUGAAAAUCAUAAGCUUCCUAUAGAGAAAUUGGAUACCCCUAUCAUAUUAACUGACAGUCUUUUUAGUGACUAUCGUUAUAUGGAAGUGCUCUGCAGUAUGUCUAGGGAAAGUGCAAGAUUUGAUGGAUCAUCCUAUUUGUUGGAUUCCAGACUUGUAGCAAAUGGAUUUAAGAUAAAGAUUAUAUCAGGUACUUCAGCUGUGGAAAGUCAGCUGGAAAUAGAAGGAAUGACCAGCUGUCUGCCGUACUAUGGUAUAUCAGAUUUGAAAGAAAUUCUAAGUGCUGUGAUAAAUAAUAAUGCACAAGAAGUCUAUGAAUGCAGACCUCUUAAAGUGGUAAACUAUUUGGAGGGAGAAGCAGUCCGACUAUCUCGACAAUUGCCUUUGUAUUUAUCAAAGGAAGAUGUACAGAACACCAUAUAUAGAAUGGGGAAGCAACUUGGAACCCAACUUAAUAACUGUGUCCAUGGUCGUCCAUUUAUUCAUUUCUUAACAAACAUUCCACAGAAUAACUAGCAAGGAGAAGAAAAUACUGUUUAAAAUCAUAUUUCACCCUUUUAUGCAUGUAUGGACAUUUACUAUUUUUAAAAUGAGUAUUUGGCUAUAAUUACUGUAUUGGAAUGUGUUCUGAAAUAAUUCCUUGUUAUUCAUAUGAAAAUAUAUUGAAAACAAUUCAUACUUCUUUCCAUGUGUGUAUACUCCAAGUUGCUAUCAGGUGGACUUACAUAUUUAAUAUUGCAUACUUUUAUUGACAGACAACCUUGUGAAAAUAGCAAGAAAAACUUUUAAAAUAAAAAAUGCAUUUCUAUUUUCAUAAGCAUUGUUCACAAAAUGGGUAAAAAUAGAGUUUAUAUUUCUCUUGUUAGAUAUACUUUUGAUAUAAAAUACAUUCAGUGUAACUUCUUAAUUUUUUUAUAAGCUAUUCUUGAAUAAAAUGCACACAGAGAAGCAAUUUUCAAACAUGAUUAUCUUAGAUUGGGAACAACAUAGUCGCAUAGUGGUCUCAAGGUCUAAAUAUUUCAAAAGGAUUAAUGAAACAUUUCAUGAAAACCAAAGCAUCUGAUCAGUACAGAUUACCUGCAUAAGUAUGAGAUGACCACCUAAUUUGUGAACUAAAAUUUUCUUCUUAAUAUGUAGCAUAGCUUUAUGUAGCUAUGAUUCAAGGUAACCACUGCAGGAUGAUUUUCAGACUGCUGAUAAUUUCAACAGUCUGUAUUAAACUGACCAGAAAUAAAUCUGGAUUUGUGAUUUUUUUCACUGUGCUAUUAUGUCUUCAAGUUUAGAUUGAUGAAGCAAUCUGACUGAAGUCAAAUGAUGUGAGCAGAAUUUCUAUUACAUAUAGAAAUAGAAAUUCAGAAAUAUUCAAAAGGCAGAAGAAGCUGUGAUAUGCUAUGUCUAAUUUACCUACCCAGUACUGUCCAAUCUGACUGGAGGUAGGACUUUGGAUUGCUGCCUAAAUGCCUUUUGCAGCAUUUGAGAAUGUGAAGAAAUAAACGUAACUUACCAUGGAUAAAGAAGAGUAAAGAGAUACCUGGGAUCCUCUAGUCAAUUUCCUUAAUGCACUACCUUCCAAAUACUUUUUGUUCUAAGAAAUCUAGAACACCACUUUGAGGAAAGCUAUUCUGGUCUAAUCACAUAACAAAUGGGCAGUAGAGAGGCCAAUUGUAAAAAUAAUAUGUGAAAAGUGCCAGC